UGUGACGAUGAAUCUGGGAUUUAAUCCACGGGCACUAAGGGUUUGUAUAAGGUGAUGUUAUCAAUGUUGGAUGCAAUGAACCAUGAGCGCUAGCACCCCGCAAUGCCACCCCGACCUGCCGAGGCAUCUCGGUGCAGUGUGGGGUCCGGGGUAGCCAGACCUUCCCACCCUGGCUAACUCGACGUUUGAUAAACCCGACAACCUGCCAACCCCCCUAGCUUGACUCGAAGGUGAGAUUCAGUAUCUGAUCUCCAUUGAACACUUUCAUCCACAUCUACCUCAUCGUACCUUGUGAUUAGAGGUUCAAUUGCAGAAACGACUCCAAUCAAAAGAACAGAAAGGACGUACAUACAAACGAGACAAACUCCAGCUACACAGACGCAUCAUCAUCAUCAUCAUCACACAAUGGCAAGCCCCGAGGACUCCGUCAUCUCCCUCGAGUACCGCGGCCGCGUCGCGCUGCUCACAAUCGACAACGACCGCAAGCUCAACGCCCUCGCGCAGCCGCAAUACUACGAUCUCGCGCAGAAGCUCCGCGAGAUUGCCCUGCACGAUGAGGUGUUUGUCACCGUCCUCACGGCCAAGGGUCGCUACUUUUCUGCCGGCGCCGACGUAAGCAUCGCCCGUGCCUCCCCCUCCGGCCCAGAAGCCCACAAACACUGGCUCCAAUCCUUCGUCGCCUUCAACCUAAACAUCACCCAAGCCUUCUACACCCACCCCAAAAUCCUCGUCGUCGGCCUCAACGGGCCCGUCAUAGGCCUCUCCGCCGCCCUCGUCUCCUUUGCCGACUUCAUCUACGCCACGCCCUCCACCUUCCUCCUCACCCCCUUUUCAUCCCUGGGUCUGGUCGCAGAGGGCGGCGCCUCGCGCGCGCUGGUGCAGAGGCUGGGUAUCUCCAAGGCGAAUGAGGCACUGAUUAUGAGUAAGCGGAUUUCGGCCGAGGAGCUGUUGCAUACGGGGUACGUGAACAAGGUGUUUGAGACGGGCAAGGGGGAGGAUGGGAAGUUUAGGGAGCUGGUGCUGAAGGAGGUUGAUGAGAGGUUGGGGGAGCAUUUGAUUGGGGAUAGUUUGACGGGGAUUAAGGCGUUGAUAAGACGGCCUGAGAUGGAUGCUAUGGAUAAGCAGAAUUCGCAGGAGGUGUUUGCUGGGUUGGAGAGGUUUAUGAAGGGGAUUCCGCAGGAGGAGUUUAGGAAGAUUGCGAGUGGAGAGAAGAGGCAUAAGUUGUGAGAUUGUGAGAUAGAGAAGAGAUUGCUGAUGAGAUGUAACGGGACUUUAUAGAAACGUCUCGAGAGAAAAGCAUAGGGCAGAAUCUUCAGCAUGUCACUAUUCAUUCUCACGACUCGGCAUAUCGGCAUAUAAUAGAUUUCAUC